AUGCCCUCACGAGAUGACAACUAUGACUUCAUCAAAGUCAUUGGCAAGGGCGCAUUCGGAAUUGUGGAGCUGUGGCAGCAACGUUUCAAUGAUGAGAAGUUGCUUGGCGGUGAAAGGCUUGUUGCUGCGAAGCGAGCCUUGACUGCAGCGUCUCUAAGCUACGAUAGGCUGAUUCUCGUUGGGACUUCUUAUGCCUACUUGGAGACAUGUGUACAUGUGGGUGAGAUGACUGCAGAAGAAGUUGAGCGAACUAGGCAAGAAGCUCAAGUGCUAAAAUCCCUUCAGCACCCUCACAUAGUGAGGUACCUGGGAAGUUGGGUAAGCCGCCAGAAGGAGGACCUGAUCAUCAUCCAGGAAUAUUGCAAAGGCGGCGACCUGGCACACUUCGUGUGGUACAAGAAGAAGAGCGGCGAGCGCAUCUCCGAGGAGCUCGUGAUGCAGUGGCUGGCACAGCUGACCCAUGCUUUGCAAUACUGCCACAAACGUGCGCGGAUCCUUCAUCGAGAUUUCAAACCCUCCAACAUUUUCUUGGCAGAGGAUGUGCAAUCGGUCCGGCUUGGCGACUUUGGGAUCGCCAAAAACCUGCGUUCCACAGCCAGCCUUUGCCAGACAGUUGUUGGAACGCAGGCCUACAUGAGUCCGGAGCUGACCAGAAUGCAGAAGUAUGGGCCGAAGACUGAAGUUUGGAGUUUGGGUGCAACUCUCUACGAAGUGUGCACACACAAGAAGUUGUAUGACAGCCCCGACAUCUUGGAACUUGUGGAGAAGAUCUCCAGCGCUUCCGAGGCCCCUAGGGUGUCGUCUGAACUGGGAUACUCGACAGAGCUUCAAGACAUCUGCGCAGCGAUGCUGGUGAAAGAUCCCGGAGCUCGGCCGACGCUUAGUGAUUUGCUUACAGAUCACGCAAUGCUGCGGGUGACAGUGCUCCAGUUGGAGCGCAGCAUGGGCUGGGAAGAGUCUCUGGUUCCCGGGCAAGAGCCGGACCUUGAAGUGUCCGCGGAGGCCCAGGACAAGCUGCGAGCUCUCUUCAAAAAGCACAGCAAGGAUGGCCUCCUCAGUAAGACGGAGCUUGCGAGCCUGCUUCACAAGCUGCAUCCCAAGUGGGACUCGGGCGUUGCAAGCAUUCUUCUAAAGGCUGCAGAUGAGGAUGGAGAUGAGAACUUGGAUUAUGAAGAGUUUCUGAGCUGGCUUUUGGCAGGCAACAACGAGUGGAAUCCAAUCAAGCAGGCCAUGAUGCUUUCAACCGAUGAAGAUGACCCAGAGCCUCGAGUAGAUCGAAGCAAGACCGAGGAAGCUCCAGCAGAAGGCGAAAGUUUUUCGGCGCUGGCCGCGCACGCCCGCGAGCGAUUGCUGAAGCCGGCAACGGAGGAGAGGCCUUCCCUGUCACUUAAGGAAACGGCUGCCAUGCAGGAUUUGGUGGAGCUUGCGCGACAGCACAAAGAGUUGUCUGACUUGUUGCAACAGUUUCCCUUCGAUCUCGAAGCAGAGGCAAUGGCAGCCUUGGAUUUUUCCUCGUGGCCGGUUGCUCGCUUGAAAGAGUAUGCAAGUUCCCAUGGUGGUUCCCUGCAAGGAGCCGUUGAGAAGCAUGAGCUGGUGGAACUGUGUCGGAAGCUUCAUCUUGAACAGAACAAGCGGGCAGAUGUUGCGGAUGAGGAUUUGGCAUAUGCAGAGCGCAUUGAUGCAAGACUUCGAUGUUUACGACUCUUGCAAGACCAGAAAGAUCCUGAUCCGGUGCAGCUGGCAAUGGCCCUGCGGCAAGCACAGCGCCUGCUUGUUGAAGAGCCAUGCGUCACAGCGAUCCUUACUCAUUCGCAGCGUCUUGGUAUGCGUGCCGAAGACCAGUCAAAAACUGCCAAAACUGUCCCGGAGAUGGAGCAUGCGGUGGAUCUUAUGGAAGCCGUCAAGGAUGUGAAGUUGCCAGAUGGCCGAACAAACUGCGUUUCAUCAGCCACUCUGGAAGAGGCCAAUUUCCGGCUGCAGGGAGUGAGGAGUAGAGAGGAGAAGAUCGGAGUACGAUCGCUGUGUGGGCCCUUUGUCAAGACGAGCUCGCUGAAAGGAGGCUGCUCACUUCAGCAAGCGAAGCUUCAGCUAGCACAGGUUUGGUGCCGACCAGUAGACGCAUUAGACUUCUAUGCAGAAGAUGGUUCGCCCCUAGACUCCGAGGACAAGUGGCAGGGCUUGAUUCGUGGAGUUGAGUCGCUGCAGCUGCAGUUGGUUUUAGAUCGCAGUCGACUCGGAGGCCGCAAAGGUAGCAAAGCAGGGACAAAAGCCAAAGCCAAACCGGCCGCAAAGAAAUCGCUGGCUGCACUUGCUGCGUCAAGCAGCCCCUGGCGAAAUUGA